AUGGCUGCUAUUACGCUCCCUUCGAAAGAAGAACUCACCAAGUUCUACGUCGGCAAAGACAUUGCCGAUGUCCCCAAGCCCGCCGCAGUGCUUGAUGUCGCGAUCAUCCGAAGACACUGCGCGCGCAUGAAGCAUACUGUCAAGGCUCUAGACGUCGGGUUCCGAGCUCACGUCAAGACACACAAGACCCUCGAGCUUGCCGAACUGCAAGCCGACACCAGCAGCCCAGAGGCCAAGUUCAUCGCCUCGACCCUCCUAGAAAUAGAAACGCUCGUCCCACUACUGCGCAAACUUCAAGCCAAACAACGUAUAAAUGUUCUCUACGGCAUCCCAUUAAUCCCAUCACACAUCUCCCGCCUCGCGGCCCUAGCCACCGUGCUCGGCGAAGACAGUAUAACUGUGAUGAUCGACCACCCAGCGCAAGUCCCCUUCCUCCAACAGUUCUCCGCCAUCACCAAGUUCCCCGCCGAUGUCUUCCUCAAAGUCGACACAGGCUACCACCGCGCCGGCCUCCCGCCCCUCUCUCUCAACAAAAACGGGCUCCUGGAGAUCCUGGCCUCCGCCGAGGCCGCCGGCCACGCCCGCCUCCUCGGCCUCUACUCCCACAGCAGCCUCAGCUACAGCGCGCAAACCGCCGCCGAGGCGAUGGCACACACCAUUGCCGAGAUCAACGGCUGCAAGGCUGCCCUCGCCCAGUGGGCGCACCUCCUGCCAGCCCGCGAGCUCGUGAUCAGCAUCGGUGCAACGCCGCAGGCCAUCUCGUCGCAUAAUCUCGUCGACGACGAUGUCAGCCGGGCCGUGCCGCGCGCGGCAGAGCUGAAGGCGUUGCUGCGCGCCGCCGACGCGCGGUUCAAGAUCGAGUUGCAUGCGGGCAAUUACCCCGUGCUGGAUAUGCAGCAGGUGUCGACCCAUGCGCGGGUCGGCGAGGGGAGGCCCGAGGAGGAGGUUGCGUUGAGUGUGCUUGCGGAGGUGUGCAGUGUGUAUAAUGAUGGGGAGCGCGAGCGGCCGGAGGCGCUGCUGGCGGCUGGGACGCUUGCGCUGGGUCGUGAGCCUUGUCCCAGUUAUGCGGGGUGGGGGGUGGUGUCGGAUUGGCGGUUGGGGGUCCAGGGGCAGGGGAGGCUGUUUGUGGAUCGGAUUAGCCAGGAGCAUGCGGUUGUGGCGUGGGAUACGCGGGGCCAGGAGAAGAUCCCGUUGGAGGUUGGGCAGGUGGUGAAGAUUUUCCCCAAUCAUUCUUGUGUUACGGGUGCUUAUUAUGCGUUUUAUUUUGUGGUGGAUUCUGAUGAGGAUCCGAAGGCGUCGCGCAUUGUGGAUGUUUGGAUUAGAGGGAGAGGAUCUCAUGUUACGGAUCACUUGCUGGUCAACCGGAGCCAAUGA